AUAAUAUUGAUCAAGGAGUGAAAGAGGGAAAAGAAAAGCCAUGAAAAUUAAAAGCGAAAACUGAAUCAAUGAUACAGAUCGAAGAGGAUGAUGAUGACUUUCUCUCUCAGGUGGCUGAAGCCGAAGCCCAUGCGCUUUCUAAUUCCCAGCCUAACAAGCGCCGACGUGUAAUCAAUUCUCUCGAUGUCGUGCAGAAAGAGGAGGAGAAGGUUGUCGAGGGCUACUACAUUGCUGCUCUUAGAGGAAGCAAGAGUCUUCUCUGGCAGCAACAACAACGCUCUCUUCUCAACAAUGCCACUAGAGCCAAACCUCUAGCUCCUUCUAAAGGGUCCAAUGGUAGUGGAGCUGUCAUCGAUUCUAGGAGAUCAUCUGAGCUGUUGGUUCCUGAAAAGAGCUGCCCUUGUGGGUUGGGUGCUUGCGUUGUUUUCACUGCUAAUACUCAGAGGAACCUUAAUCGCAAGUUCUACAAAUGCCCUGUUCGACAGGAAAAUGGGGGCUGUGGCUUCUUCGAGUGGUGUGACGGUGGUUCUGCAUGGAAUUCAUCAAAUUCUAUGUUCCCAGAUCUUCCCUGUCCCUGUGGUGAUGGAUCUUGCUUAGUUCUGACAGCUAAAACUGGGAAAAAUAUUGGCCAACAGUUCUAUCGAUGUCCAGCAAACCAGGGAAGUUCAUGCGGCUUCUUCAAGUGGUGCAAUGAUAAUGUUGUAGUAGCUAGUCCUCCAGCAAGUGCUUCCAAGGUUUACAACAGCAUGAAUGAUUCAAGCGACAAAAGCAAUGGCAUAAGAACUGGAUCUUCCUGUUUCAAAUGUGGCAUGGAAGGACAUUGGGCAAAAAAUUGCUCCACAUCAUCUGGUUCUCAUUCUCACUCACCUGUUGAGCUUGGAGAAAGGGCUGCAUCCGCCAAUACUUGUUACAAAUGUAGUAAGCCGGGGCACUGGGCAAGGAACUGCACUGCUAGUCAAUAUAUGAAGAAGUGAUGUGACUGAAGAACGUAAUAGACCAUAUGCUGUUUCUGAUAGUUCCAAAACUUUUUGGGUAAUUAUCAAAUCUGAAAUCACUUCCACUAGGUGAAUUAGUUUUGAGCUUGAUGUAACUGCAGAAACACCAGAUUCAACAUAACUUUGAAUGUACACAAGGCUGGCAGUCUGACAGUUAAUCUUGGCUGUAAGACUUUCAUGUGAUUCCUCUUGAGGAGUCCUUGCCAUGACUAAGAUUCAUUACAGUUCUAUGAGGAUUGACAUCUUCGAAAUUAUAAUAUCGCUGAGUUUAAUUCUGAGUA